AAGAAAGAGCCAUGAUGAACUGCGUGUUGGAGAAGCGCCGCCAGCCGACGUUUUUGCCCUUCGAGGCCCAGAGAUCACUCAAGGUGUUCUGCCGUGGCGGCCGUGAUGAACCUUUCGGUCCAGUGGUCGCCAUUGCUUCCAGCUUUGACAAGGAUGAAGGAGAGAUGCCAAUGAGGAUGAGACCUAUGAUGAGCCCAGCAGCCAUGUUGGCAAGGACCUUUUUCCAGCCACCCAGGAGACUACCUAUGAGCCCCAAGAGACCCAUGGGUGGUGUCAGGGUCUUGCCACCAUUUCUUAUCCCCAUGAAGCUGGAUGAGAAGGAAGGACCUGGCCCAAAUUUGGACAGCCUGGAGUCUGCAGUGAUGAAGGCCUUGGGGCCUCUGGAGUUUAUUUUGAAUGAGGAGGUUCUUGGACCCAGGCCUGAAUUCAACACCAGCUUUGACAAGGAUGAAGGAGAGAUGCCAAUGAGGAUGAGACCUAUGAUGAGCCCAGCAGCCAUGUUGGCAAGGACCUUUUUCCAGCCACCCAGGAGACUACCUAUGAGCCCCAAGAGACCCAUGGGUGGUGUCAGGCUGGAUGAGAAGGAAGGACCUGGCCCAAAUUUGGACAGCCUGGAGUCUGCAGUGAUGAAGGCCUUGGGGCCUCUGGAGUUUAUUUUGAAUGAGAAGCCCAGUGAUGAAGAAGAUGCCAAGCAUAGACAGAACAGUGAUGAAGUGCCAUUGCCUUUUGAGGUUGAGUCCCCAGUUGGUCCACAUGAGAAGAACAAGCCAUUUCCAGCA